AUGCACUUCAUCAAGACUUUCGUCUCUAUUUUCACUCUCCAAACGCUUGCAACAGCACAGCUGGCGGAUCAUAACCUUGUUGCCCGCAAUGAGUACCAAGUCGCGCGUGAGAAUUACCUUGCUGCCCGUGACGAGUAUCUUACGGCGCGCGACCUUUAUCUCCGCGGAAGUGCUCCCGGUAAAUGCGAUAGGGUGAAAAACGAACUAGUUUGCGUGCCUUCUGAACCUGUUAAGAAGCCCUGGUACAAGCCGAAGCGCAAAACGCUCUGUCCGUGGCGUAUGAAGCCCGGCGAUCUAUGUUCCAUUCCU